UCACCCAAUCAGCAGGCACGUUGGCACCUAUGUCCAAUCACAUUGUGCACAGAGGCGGGAGAAGUGACGACAUCAGGAAGUCUUUUCAGCUCGCCAAUCAAACGGAGCUUUACAGAGGUCCAAUCAGAGCGUCGGUCUUAGUGUUGUCGUUAUGCCCGUCCCUUAGAAGCGGGAGGCGGUCGCCUCCUCCGCCUUUCUCGGGUCGCCGUUGACGGGCUGCUUCGUCGUCCCUUCGAUCUCUGGCCUAAGCGGGCGGGGCGAUGCAGCCUCCCGGUGCCCAGCAGCCUCCUGCCCCGCCGCCGCCGCCGCUGCUCUACGCGCCGGGCAACGGGGACUUCACGUUCGUCUCCUCGGCCGACGCUGAAGAUCUGAGUGGUUCAAUAGCCUCUCCAGAUGUGAAGCUCAAUCUUGGAGGUGUAAAUGGGGAAUUCAGCAAAGAGUCUACUGCAACUACAUUCCUGAGACAGAGAGGAUAUGGCUGGCUUUUAGAAGUUGAAGAUGAUGACCCUGAAGAUAAUAAACCUCUCUUGGAGGAAUUAGACAUUGAUCUGAAGGAUAUAUACUAUAAAAUUCGAUGUGUCUUGAUGCCAAUGCCUUCUCUUGGGUUUAACAGACAAGUAGUAAGAGAUAAUCCGGACUUCUGGGGCCCCUUGGCAGUUGUUCUCUUCUUCUCAAUGAUCUCAUUAUAUGGUCAGUUCAAGGUGGUGUCAUGGAUUAUAACUAUUUGGAUAUUUGGAUCUUUGACAAUCUUCUUGUUAGCUAGAGUUCUUGGAGGAGAGGUUGCAUAUGGCCAAGUUCUUGGAGUGAUUGGCUAUUCUUUACUCCCUCUAAUUGUAAUAGCACCUGUGCUUUUGGUGGUAGGAUCAUUUGAAGUAGUUUCUACUCUAAUAAAACUUUUUGGAGUCUUUUGGGCCGCAUACAGUGCUGCUUCCUUACUAGUUGGAGAAGAAUUUAAAACGAAGAAGCCCCUCCUGAUAUAUCCUAUCUUUCUAUUGUACAUUUAUUUUUUGUCCUUGUAUACUGGGGCAUGACCUGCAGUGCUGAAUUUGGACCUGGGAAAUUUUUUUUCACUACAAAGACUGAUGAAAUGUUGCUUGAUGGAAAAGAGUUUCAGUGGUAAUCUAAGUAUUUUGGUGUAUAUUAUUUAAGCACUUUUAGUUCCAUUUGAGAUUUAAAGGAGAGUUUUAGGUUUAAGCUUUGUUAGAUUUUUAUUGAACAAAGAUGAGAACAUUGUGUGUUUACAACUUGAAAUUGUGGAGUAACAGCUUGUCGCCUAUGUCAAAAACACAAGGACCACAUAAUAAAUUGAAUUAAAAUUCCAAUUACUGGUAAAAGUUUGAUUUACCCAGCAAAUUGUGUAAAUAUAGUUACAGACUGUUCAUGAAAACAUGGCAUUUAAUGUGGUGCCUUGAACACUUGAUUUGGCUGUUGAGUUGCUGUAAAUUCUGAAUUUUGAAAAUAUUUUCAUGCUGAUCGCUCAUUCUUAAUAGGGUAUAUUUAUAGACUGCAUAGCAAUUUGAAGAUAUGAGUGUUUGAAUUAGACCUCAGUUUUAGACUAUGUUGCAGGAAGACGUCAUUCUAUUAUGCUUAUUUUGAAAUUCCUGCAAAAAUGGUUGCUUGAUGUUUUUUUCUACCUAUGGCUUUAUGAUAGUGGUAAGUGGGGAAAAAUGUUUAAAUUAACCUUUCUGAAGAAUGUCUUACAAUGGAAUAAACAAUUGUUUCUCAAACUGUAUUUGGCUUUACAACAUAUUCUGCUGAUUUGAUCCAACACUGAUCAGCGUAGGGGCGUUUGCGAAUUUUUUGGACCAUGAAAUUAUACUAUUUAACUCCUAGACAGUUUGUAACACCUUAGAGGCUAAAAAAUUAUAGCAUGAGCUGUCAUGGACUGUUACCCAUGUCAUUCGAUGCACAGUGUUUAACCAGAAUUUCAGGUAUGCAUAUUGUAUAUAUCUGUCUAUAUUGUAUGAUGCUUGGGACAACAUGACAUAUCUUAAUCUGUUUAUUGGAACAACCCAUGCAUAAAAACUUUCCAUGUGAAGUGAUGAAUCCAGUUACGAACACUUCGGAAUCAAACCUUUCCACUGAAAAAAUCAGCAUGUGUUCAAUAUGUAGAGACAGUUUUCAGAAUCAUGCAUGAUGAAGUGGCUUCCUAUCUGGCAUUCAGUGACUAUUAGAGAUGGACACUUACUGCGGUUUGGUGCAGUGUGGAGGACUGGGCGUGCAGGUGUUGUGCAAGCGCCCGUCAGAAACAGUGCUGCAGGCUUCCCCACCCUACCUCUUCCUCUGAGUGGGCACUCGGAGGAAGAGGCAGGGCAUGGAAUCCAGGGCUCCCAUGCAACACCUGUGGCCCUUAGCCUCUGAACAGCGCCAAACCACUGAACUGUGGUAAAGGCCCAUCUCUAGUGACUACAACAUGGCAUUUAA